AUGGCUAGUACCAUUAGCAGUGCAUCCUACUCUCACUAGAUAGCAAUUAAAAAUUGUAUAUUAUUUAUUCCAUGGCCACAAACACAUGCCAGAUGCAUGAUAUACCUGUCUACUGUUCAGACUAACUGGAAGAGGCAUUCGGGAUUUAUUUUGAGCCUAUCCCAUGCCAGAUACCGCUCUGCAAAGUGCUUCACUUAAACUAUAACCUCAGAGGUGUUAUUGUCCCUGUACGACUUGAGAAGCAGAGCUGGAAUUUUAGCUCAGGUAUGUCUGAUCACAGAACUUGCUUUUUGUUAUAGCUGCCUGUAGCAGCUCAAAUUUCUUUUAGAACAGAGAGAUGUAAAAAAAGAAAAAAAAAUAUUUAGUCUGUUGCCUUGUAUUUUUAAGCCCAGUCACCUGUAAGGUAUUUCAAAUUUUAAAGGUACAAGUGUUUAAAAAAAUAAAGACAAAUUUUUCAAGCUUUAUCUUCUCACACUUAAAACCCAAAUAAUGAUAAGACAAAAUUAUUAUGAGAAUUAGGUGAGACAACAACUUCGAGCCUUCGACAGAUGGCCUGGCGGCAUGGUUUUCAGACAAUAAUUUAGCAGAAGCUGUACUCCUCCAGCGCCUUCUUCAUGCUUUCCAACGUGUAUCGUUGUCACAAUCUCCAUCAUCCUUAACCCCUCAUCCUAAACACCCUUUACUCCAAAGGUCCUUGUAGGGUGGCACAGCCAUUAAACUGGAUUUAACAGUCGUGUUCAAUUUCUGCCUAUUUUCCUCCACUUCAGUUUUCUGAUUACCUUUAAAAGAGCCACCAUUUUCAUCCUUUACCCUUGUAACAGCGAGUUCUCUCCCUGUUUUCUGCUUCACAAUGCCCUAUCCUCCAUUCAUAUAUUCUUUUUAUUCAAAACCCACGUUGGGAGGCCCCAUGUACCCUGGCAGUGUCACGGAGCCUGUGCCCCAGCCCCCAGCCACACAGACCAAUUGUGCCAAAUGCUGCCCAAGGCAAGGGCACCAGGAGUUACGGGAGCGCAGAGGAGAGAGGCCUGGAUCUGUGUGUGCAAGUCAGACACUUCCUGGAAAAGCGACAGACAGGGAGCCUGGGUGAGCGCUGACAAGGUCAGAAGGGGCAGAGAGGAUGUGGCCCGAACUUGAGUUUGGGGAUGCAGGUUGGUGUCACGUCUCAGUGUCUGUGGCUCAGAAUGUGGGAGAGGUGUGUGGAGGAGAAGAACAAUGUUGCAGAGAUUGAAUCCUGAGUCUUAGGCUCCAGGAGUCAGGGCUUGCUGGCUGAGGCACGAGGGCUGCAGGUGACUAUAAGCUGAGAGUGCGUGUGCAGGCGAUGGAUCGCCCAGGGAGUGAUCAGCGCAUACCCUCAGAAACACCGGCCUCAGGAGGCAGGCUCCUGACGCGAGGUGUGCAGGUGGUCUGCAGGUGCUUAGAGAAUGUGUAGUUCCACGACAUCCUAGAACAAGUGGCCGCUGUAUGGGUGUUUGUGGAAUGUGAGAGGCAGAAUCCAGAGCUUCGGGAAAUCCUCCGAGGCACUGGGCUGCAAGGAACAGUCGGAAAGCGCUGCUGAGGGGAGGAAAGCCGAAAGCCGACUUACAUACAGAACAGAAAUUUUAGCUGUGUCACAGAGGCCUCCUAACUGUGAAGAUUUUUCCUUUUAAGAACUCCUCGUUCUUUCCCCUGUGUCACGGAACUCUCCCCGCGCCACCCGGGCCCACUGAUGUCUUGUUGCUGGCAGCUGUCCCUCCCAGAUGCCGUUCUCAGCUCAUGCAACUGGUCACUGUGGCAGCCUGAACUGAGUGUCUACCCCAGAGGCCAAGAAUAGACACGGAGUCCCGGUGACUUGGAAGCUAGGUAACAUCUGGAGGGUGAACGCCGUAGUGACUACAAAACUCAUCGUCUCAUCGCAAGCAAGCAAAUUAUACGCGUAUGAGUAAGAUUUCCCUGCUGAGCCAGGGAAUACAAAGUGCCCUUCUAAACAGAAGGAAAAGCAGCUUGCUCUCAUAAUCAUAAAGAACAACGAAAAAUACUAAAUCAAACACAUUCUUCCAUGUUUCCAAACUCCGCCUUUCAAUGUAUCAACACACUCCUCACCUCAAGAGCUAACCACCAGAUGAAUGAAGGUCCUCUCAAGGGACUGUUCUCUGUUUAUUUCCCCUCCCUGCAUUUUCCUGGAGUUGGAAAUACAUGUAUUCUGCGUUUCUCAGGAUCAACACUCUGUGGUCAGCCAGAGCACAGGCUCCAGUCCCAGCCCCAGUCCCUGCUCCAAUCCAAACACAGUCAGUGCUUAUGUGAGCUCCCAGCAGUCGCUGCUGAAUCAGCCGCUGAUAGGCAAGAAGCAGGGUCUCCAGAGGCAGCUCAUGGAGCAGAAGCAGCAGCUCCUCCUGCAGCAGCACGUGCUGGUGGACACGGAGAAAAUCACGCCACAAGAUCAGAUAAACUCACAUUUGACAAGGCCACCCCCAGAUUACAAAGACCAAAGAAGAAAUGUGGGAAAUCUACAGCCAAACAUCCCAUACUCUGGCGGCUCAUCCACGGUGAGUUUGCACUCUAGCCAGGCUUUGGCAAACCCAGUUUCAACACACAGCAUCUUCACUCCCACUUCCAGCCUCAUGGCCACUUCCCACGGGGCCAGGAUGCCUGCCUUGCCCACAGCCGUGCAGAACAUAGGGCUGUACGGAACUCUGCCGUGCAGUCAGCCUGGCGGCUACAGCGGCGCCGCAGGAAGGAAUCAGCUGGCCCCGCAGAGGAACCCGAACCAGCUGGUGACAAAUCCGAACAACCCUCUGAUGCCUCGGCCACCCGCCUUAGGGCCGAGUAACAGCAGCGGUGCGGCCGCUUUUGGAAGUGGGUCUGCUGGUAGCUCUCCACAGUUGAGGCCAAAUUUAAGCCAUGGUACGGCAAGCCUGCCGGGCCAGAGAACAGCAAAUGUAGCUGUCACACCCAACACCGCAGCAGCAAACUGGGCCUCUCAAGAGGCGGCAGCGCAGCAGCAGGAAGUGCUGAAGUCCACGGGGGUGCACUUCCCCACCACCCCUGCAGCCUACACCCAGAACCAGCCACUGCAGCAGGCGUCAGGUAGCCGGCAGUUCUCCCAGAGGGCAGUGGCCGCCCCGAGCCAGCUAGCACCAGCCAUGCAAAUGAGACCCGUGAACCAAACACUAAAUGGACAGACCAUGGGUGCACUCAGGGGCUUGGGUCUCAGACCGAGCCAGCUGAGCACACAGAUCGUGUCUAACCUGAACCAGUCAAGCGCUGGUGUGAGUCAGACAAGGACUGGCCCAAGCCAGCCGCCGUCCCUGACACCCAACAACUUCCCUUCGGCCAGCCGAAGUGCCCGGGCUUUCCCAGGAGGUGAGCAUGGCAGCGACCUGGCCUUCGACUUCCUCGGCCCGCAGGCUGACGCCGUGGGCCCUGCCCUGAGCAGUGAUACUGACUUCAUCGAUUCCUUACUGAAAACAGAGCCUGGCAAUGAUGACUGGAUGAAAGACAUAAACCUCGAUGAGAUCUUGGGGAGCAACUCUUGAAGGAGAAAGGGGAGACAGCUCCCGACCCCCAAGUGCUGACAGGCAGUGUUUCACAGCACGCUGUGAAGGCCAAACCGAUGGCCUCCAGGCAGACUACAUGAAGAUAUUGUGGUUUCAGAGUGGAAUGCAGAAAGUAACUCAGUGGUGACUAUUCUGGUUGAAGUUCUUGUUUAAAAAUUUCAAACCCUAACAUAAAACAUUGGAUCGCUUUUUACUCUAUAAGCCCAGGACAUAUUAUCCAAACAGAACUGUGAUGUUGGUAUAUAAUUAAUUGUGUAAAAUAGGCUUCCCACACUUUUUCUCUGAAAGAAAAUAGACCUUAUAGCUUGUGUAAGCCCCAUGUCAUAAAGUAAUACUAGUUCUAUGCAGGAAAAAAAUUCCUUAAUUUUCUUUUUAUAGAUACGUGUGGUUUAAUUUUUCCCCCACUUUUCACUUAAGUUUCUAAAGCUUACGAAAUAGAACAAAGUAUUAUAGGUUUGUCUGAUGUAGCUGAAGUGUCCUAGGUAAGCGAGAGCCAGCGUGCCCCCACUGUGGUGGGUUCCACAUUUGCCCCUAGACUCCGUAUCUGUCCUUGCAGCUUCCCACACGUUCUGCCCUUCAGCGACGCUGAGACUAGGGAUAAGUGAGACCGCGGGA